AGGGGCCAAUCAGUGUCACGUGCUGGCCAGUGAAAGGAAUCAUGUGAUCACUGUAUGUCCACAUCAAUUUAGAGGAGUGCAGUGGGGAUCGGGGUGAUUGUAGGAUACAUGAUCUGUGUGUGUCGGGGGUGUUAUACAGCGUAGUGAUAUGGUGACAUCAUGAGACGAGCUGUGCUCUAAGAUCCAGUGCUCUGCUCUUUACUCUGAAUACAGGAAGAUGGACGGCGAGGAUCUCCAACCCCUCCUUGUACCGUCUCCCACUGAAGACCAACUGACACACCAGAGCUCCUAUCUGAGGAAGGUGCGGAACAGAAAUCUGUAUUUGGCCACAUUGGCUGCUGUAUUGGGUCCUCUGAGCUUUGGUUUUGUCCUGGGUUUCAGCUCUCCAGCCAUCUCUGAUCUGAAGAAUGCAGACGAUCCACGUUUAAUAUUGGAUAAGGGCACAGCAUCCUGGUUUGGAUCUAUUGUCACCAUUGGAGCUGCCGUUGGAGGACUGUUUGGAGGCUGGAUGGUGGACCGGAUAGGCCGAAAGGUCACGCUUAUGAUCUGCUCUAUCCCAUUUGUUUUGGGCUUCACCUUGAUCAUAUCCGCACAGAAUGUCUGGAUGUUACUGGGAGGACGACUGGUUUCUGGGUUGGCCAGUGGCAUAACUUCAUUGGUAGUACCUGUAUAUAUAUCGGAGACUUCCCACCCUAGAGUUCGAGGGCUGCUGGGCUCUUGUGUGCAGUUGAUGGUGGUCACUGGAAUUGUUGGAUCCUACAUUGCAGGAAUGUUCCUGGAUUGGCGCUGGCUUGCAGUGCUCUGCUCCGUGCCACCUGUCAUUAUGGCACUAUUUAUGAUCUUCAUGCCAGAGACCCCACGGUACCUUAUCAGUCAAAACAAGCGGGCCGAGGCCUUGUCUGCGCUCAGCUUUCUGCGGGGGCCAAAUGUAGACCAUGAAUGGGAGUACCGACAGAUUGAGUCCAGUGCAGACCAGAAGGAAGGUAGUCUGAAGGUGACAGAUCUCUGGAAUCCAUCCAUUUAUAAGCCAUUCCUCAUUGGGAUUUUCCUAAUGUUUUUCCAACAGUUCACUGGCAUCAACGCGAUUAUGUUCUAUGCUGACAUGAUCUUCGAAGAAGCUAAUUUCAAGAACAGCAGCCUGGCCUCUGUCAUUGUAGGGUUGAUCCAGGUGGUGUUCACGGCUGUGGCGGCUCUCAUCAUGGACAGGGCAGGAAGAAAAAUUCUAUUAAUUAUUUCAGGUACCAUCAUGGCUGUCAGCGCCACCCUGUUUGGGGUGUACUUUAAAAUUAUGGAGAUGCAUGCGCAGAAUGCCUCCAGUGUCCUACCUGUGACAGCUAUGCCCGAUGGCACAGGUGAGCAAUUGGCAUGGCUCCCCCUGGCCAGCAUGGCCCUCUUUAUUUCUGGUUUUGCAAUCGGCUGGGGUCCCAUUCCCUGGCUGGUCAUGUCCGAGAUCUUCCCUCUGCGUGCAAGGGGUGUGGCCAGUGGAGUGUGUGUCAUUACUAAUUGGGGCUGCGCUUUCCUGGUGACAAAGGAGUUUCAGGACAUGAUGGAUUCAAUGACUUCCUAUGGGACAUUCUGGUUAUUUGCAGCUAUCUGUGCCCUCAAUGUUCUUUUUACGGUUCUUUACGUCCCUGAGACCAAGGGGAAAAGUCUGGAACAGAUUGAAUCUCACUUUCAAUCUGGACAGAGCACAACAAGAUUUGGAUCAUUCUCCAAUACAAUUCAGUAACUGUAAAAUUGUUUCCUGGUGGAAGGUACUGUAUCUUACAAAGAUUUAUUUAUACUGAAAAGAUCUGAAAGCAUAUUUGAGUUCGGGGCUGCCAUUAAAAAAAACUAUUUGCUCAACGCAUCUGGAGUCGGCUGCACUGAACCCAAAGGAUGCCUUAUGUUUUGGAUAAGGGUGGCUACCUGCAACUCUUCUGGAAUACAUAUCAAGAGAACUCAAUGAAGAAUAUAUUACUGAGAUAUGUAGCAUCAAGACUUCUGAUUUGGACCAUAAAUUCAUUUUUAUUCUUAUGGCUGGAGUGGGGUGAGCCAUGCCAGUCAGGCUCCACCCAAUCUGAAGCAGAAGGUAUAAUGUGAAGCUAGAGCUGCUGAUGGCAGAGCAAUAAAAUCCAAAUGAGUGUUUACCUCCA